UAAAGAGCAGAAGCGGAUCGUGGAGAGCGAAAAUGUGUUGAUGCUAUAAUAAAUUCGGACAACAGAUUAUAUCGAAUGCAGAAAACAAAAGCAUAUUUUAUGCCGUAAUCUAUAAUCUUAGGAAACUCAUCAAAAUUUUUCUGCAAAGUUUAAUUUUAAAUUUAAUUACCUAAAUAUAGCCACCUUCAUUUCGUUUCAUUUUAACAAAUAUUAAUUCUGUGUCAAUGGCGCAAUUUCUUAUUUAUAUAAGAUUAAACGAGUUGAAAUGUAAUCUUUGAAAUUACAUCUUUUCAUAUACAAAUAUAAUAAUUGAAUAUAGUUUAUCUUUUCUGCUAUUGUACUUCUACACUAUUUAAAAUGCAGGUACAAAAUACUAAUGAUAGUAGUAUAGUUAGCAAAUUAUCAGCUGCAAACAAAGGCUAUUUCCAGGAUAAAUGGUUAAAAAUGUUUGUCGACAAAGAACAAAAACGAUCACCUAUUAUUAAUAGAGGUUAUUACAUCAGAUUUAAAGCUAUUGAAACAGCUUUCAAUUCUUGGUUUGCUACUGUAUCUUCCUUGUCUUGUGGAAAGUCCCAGAUAGUAUCCCUGGGAGCUGGAUUUGAUUCUUCCUACUUUAGGCUUAAAAAGCUAAAACAAUUCCCUGCAAAUAGUAAAUAUAUUGAGAUAGAUUAUCCAGCUGUGAUGCGAAGAAAAUUGGAAUAUAUUCAAAAUUCAGAAUUUUCAAAGUCUUUAGAUAUUCAAAGCAAUGAAGUGUUUAAAAAUAAAAAUAUAGUGGCAAAAAGUGAAGAUUAUAUUAUGCUAGGUGUAGAUCUUCAAGAUUGUAAAGAACUGAAACUUUGUUUUCAAGACUUGGAAAUAAAUUUUAAUGUUCCUACUUUAUUUCUUUCUGAAUGUGCUGUUACAUACAUGGAGCCUAAAAGCUCAAAUGCUCUCAUUGAAUGGGUUCAAGUGAAUUUUCCCAAUUCUGUGUUUGUAGUCUAUGAGCAGGUUGAUGAAGAUCUUGGAUUUAGUAUUGUUAUGAAAAACCAUUUUAAAUCUCUUGGUUGCCCUUUAAAAUCCAUUAAUCCCAAAAUGGAUGCAUCUGUUAUAUGUUCUAGAUUUAAAGAUCAGGGAUGGCCAUUAUGCUCCACUGUUUCAAUGUUUGAUUUCUAUAUGAAUUUUUCUGAAGAAGAAAAGCUAAGAAUUCAGUCCUUAGAUUUGUUUGAUGAAUUUGAAAUGUGGCAUGAAAAGUGUCGACAUUAUGUGUUAACAUGGGCUUGCCAAGGCAUUAUUUCAAUUCCUGAAGUUUUAAGCAAUACAAGUCCAUCAUUUAUAUUUGAUGAUAUGAAUUGUGGCACCAUAAAUUGUAAAUAUGAAUUGUCUCCUCAUUUAUUGCACAGAUUUGGUCACCAGGUUGCUUUAUUGUCGUCUCGUUACCUAAUAGUAUCAGGUGGUUUUGGACAGUUAAAGAAAAGGCAUGAGAGAUUAGAAGGUUUAACCUGCUAUGACACUGUUUCUAAAAGAAGUUACCCUGCACAAUCUUCAAGUUCUCAAGACACACUUGGGAAAAGAAUGUUUCAUUCCAUGACUAAAUUAAGUAAUGGAACUUUGGUUGUUAUUGGAGGUCGUUCUUCACCUGCUAGCAUUUUUAACUCCAUUGUUUCUAUUCAUUGUGAUAAUCUAGAACCAGAAUCUGCAUCAUAUUCAGCAGAAACAGUUGCUCUUAUGCCAUUACCAACAUGGAGACAUUCUGAAUCUGUUAUUGAUAUUGAUGGAGUAGAACACAUUUUCGUUUUUGGUGGACGUACAAGUUCUAAUGCUGUUACAAAUGAAUCCUUUAUACUAAAUACAAAGACUUGGACUUUUUCUGAAUCUCCACAUUUAGGGAUUAUUCCAUCUCCUAGGCAUUCACAUAGUGCUGUUUGCUUAGAUAAGAGGAAAGUUUUUGUAACAGGUGGAUUAUCAAAAGAUGAAAGAAUCCUUAAUUCUGUCCAUGUAUUUGAUGUGGCAACUUACUCAUGGUCUCAAUUAAAUAUGCCUGGAUUAUUACCAAGAUAUUCUCAUUCUUCAGUUUAUCAUAAUAAUGCCAUUUUCUUAGUUGGAGGAAUAAGUGGUUUUUCUUAUGGUCCUCAUAGUGUGGGAAUGAUAGACUUAUGUACCAACACUGCUUAUGAAUUUCAACUUAAGAUUGAUUCUCCAGAAUAUCCUCUUAUACUGAGCAAUCAUUGUUGUUAUGUUUACGAGAAUAGACUCAUUGUAACCGGAGGAGGUGGAAACUGCUUUUCAUUUGGUACACAUUUUAAUGAAGUGGACAUUUUUAUUGAAUUUCCACUACUAGCAUGUAAUGGCACUGAUUUAAGAGACCAAUAAUGUAUCUAUUUUUCUCAUACAUAUAUUUUUUACAAUUAUUAAUAUUACAUUAUUUAUUAAAAUGUUUAUUCAUUUGCUAUUAUUUUUAUAAUGCCUUUGAAAAAUAAACUUUUAAUUCCAUUGUUA